AUGCCUAGCAUCGAGGAGACCUGCGUGCUUUCGGCAGCCUCGCCCACAACGGCCACCACGGGCACCUUGGCUCGGGCUUCGGCCACUGCCCAGCCGGACUUCUUCGCCCGCGACAUGGAGGAGCUCGUGUCCGAGAUAAAGGAGAACCUGAGGCUCUCCUCGGGAGGGCUCAAGUCGCGGCCCGCCUUCUCCGUGCUGCACAAGUCGUCUCGGCCAUCGCCCUACCGGAUUCCGAGCAGAAGCCGGAGUUGGGGCGACCCCAACUGUGACGCCUGCUCCAAGGCCGGCACCUUGUGUUGUGGACAUUCUUGCAAGAAAUCAUCAAAGGUGUCCGCCGAGGCGGACGAUCCCUAUGGAAUGUUGCAAGAGCUCCUGAGGGACGGUGGACUUAUAAAGGAGGCCGUACGGCGACUUAGUAUGGGCCUUUCGCCCAAGCAAAGAUAUUUUUACGACUCCGAUGAGGACACUAGGAGUCCGAUUCGAAUGUGCCAUGUCGAGCUGUGA